CCCUCCCUCCCUUUCCCCUGCAUCACUCUCUUCUGCACUACGAAAUACAACACCACCUUCAUUCUCCUCUUGGAAAUGUUCACGCCCAUCUUCCCGUUUCUUCUUCUCCAUCUCACCAUUCUCAUGAUGGUCUCCCUCUCUUCUUGCUUCGCAGACCAACCCCACCAGGAAGCAAGCCUUCCUCUGCCCUUCCUCUCACCCGCCUCCGACCACGCCCAUCUGAGGGACUUAGAAAUCGAUGGCAGCGUCGAAUUCGACGAUGUUCGGGCGGCCGGGACGGACUUCGGCCACCUGCACACAUCGGUGCCGUCGGCGGUCGUCCACCCGAAAUCCGUGGCCGACGUCGCCAAGACGGUGCGGCUGGUUUUCGAGCUCGGCCAGUCGUCGAACCUCACCAUUGCGGCGCGGGGCCACGGCCACUCGCUGCAGGGGCAGGCUCAGGCCUCGGGCGGCAUCGUGGUGAAUAUGGAGUCGUUGAAGUCGCCGGGAAUUCGUGUGGUCCGGGAGGGUGGGUCGGCGUUCGUGGAGGCCGCCGGUGGCGAGCUUUGGAUUAACGUUCUGAAUGAGACGCUGAAGCAGGGGCUAGCACCGAGGUCUUGGACAGAUUAUCUCUACCUCACCGUGGGCGGGACCCUCUCUAACGCUGGGGUUAGCGGCCAAGCCUUCCGCCAUGGCCCACAGAUCAGCAAUGUCCAUCAGUUGGAGGUUGUUACAGGAAGAGGAGAGGUGAAGAUCUGCUCGGAGAAGGAGAAUGCAGACCUAUUUCAUGGCGUUUUAGGUGGAUUGGGCCAGUUCGGAAUCAUCACUCGAGCACGAAUCAUUCUGGAGCCCGCUCCCCAGUUGGUGAAGUGGAUCAGAGUUCUAUACACAGACUUUGCAGCAUUUACAAGAGACCAGGAGAUGUUGAUAUCUGAGGAGAACACUUUUGACUACAUUGAGGGCUUCGUGAUCAUAAACAGGACGAGCGUACUGAGCAACUGGAGGUCAUCCUUCAAUCCGAAAGACCCAGCUCAGGCCAGCCUCUUUGAGAGCCAUGGCAAGACUCUCUUCUGCUUGGAGAUGACCAAGAACUUCAACCAUGGAGACCUCGACUCCGUAAACCAGGAAAUUGACAGGUUGAUGGCCAAGUUGAGCUUCAUCCCUUCAACAGUGUUCAUGUCGGAGGUGCCGUACGUCGACUUCCUUGAUCGAGUCCAUGCCUCGGAGGUGAAACUUCAAAGCCAGGGCCUGUGGGAAGUUCCACACCCUUGGCUCAAUCUGUUCAUACCAAGAUCCAAAAUCCACCACUUUGCAAGGGAGGUGUUUGGCAAAAUCAUCACCGACAGCAGUAACGGGCCCAUCCUUAUCUAUCCACUCAACAAGACCAGAUGGGACGGUAGAACAUCAGCAGUUACUCCGGAAGAGGACGUCUUCUACUUGGUGGCCUUCCUGUAUUCUGCUUCGACAUCUCCCGAAGCGCCUAACAGUGUGAAGAACAUCCAGUCCCUGAACAGAAGGGUGCUGAGGUUCUGUAAGAAAUCUGGCGUGGGGAUGAAGCAGUAUCUCCCUCACUAUGAGGUGCAGUCCGAGUGGAAGGCUCACUUCGGUGAGAAGUGGAAGCAGUUUGCUCAGAGAAAGAUGACCUACGACCCUCUGGCCAUCCUUGGUCCGGGACAGAGAAUUUUCCAGAAGGCAAAGCCCUUCUCAUGAUCAUGCUGUUAUUUUAUAAUUUUUAGCUUCAUUUCUGAUGAUAGGAAGCGUUUGUCUUACAUGUGUACAUAAAAUUAAUGAAAAUCAAAGCUUCUUCCAA